CUAGUUUUUGUUGCUGGUUACAAAGGGAUGCCCGUUCCAUUUUCUUUCAUGGUCCCGCUUUAGUCAAUAUAAGCCAGACACAAGCUGUCACUAGCUCUUAUACACCCAACAAGGAGGAGGAAGCACCGGCUGCUGCUCCACUAAGUCCAGGUGUAUUACAGUGAGCUUAGGCAGCAGAUAGAAGAGAACACGGGCUGCGAUGGUGAUCUCCUCGCCCACACUGUUUGCUCGAGCCAGAGGAGGAGAUAAAUACUGGAAGAGGAGGAGGAUACUAUCAUUAUCUGCAUUGUGGGAUACACGACUUACUGCUGGGUGUUUGGAGCUGGGCACUAACUACACGAAUAUGAAGUCAGUUAUGGAUGAUGUAGGUAUUGCUAUUGAUCGCAAGACCCUGCAAAAUAUGGCAAUAUGGGAACCCCGUUCAUUUAGGAUACAAAUGGAUUUUUCUCGAUUCGCUCUGUAG